AGUCGACUUCCUUUUUCUCCUCCGUGCGUGGUCGGCCGGUAGCAUCGUGGUUUAUUCAAGGCUUAAACUGAAAACAGGCGAUUAAACUUCACCAUGUCUUACCCUGUAGAAGAUGAAGACACGAAUUAUGAGCCUACCACCUACCCCUCUGACUAUGACUAUCACACUGGUGACCCUAAAGCUGAUCUGGCUUAUGAACGUCAGUAUGAACAUCAGCAGACAUACCACGUGAUCCCAGAGGUCAUCAAGAACUUUCUGCAGUAUUUUCAUAAAACCAUCUCUGACCUGAUUGACCAGAAGGUGUACGAGCUGCAGGCCAACCGCGUGUCCAGCGAGAGCAUUGAGCAGAAGAUCUACGAGAUCCAGGAUGUCUAUGAGAACAGCUGGAACAAGCUUACAGAACGCUUCUUUAAGACGUCCCCAUGGCCAGAGGCAGAUGCCAUCGCUUCUCUGGUCGGUAAUGAUGCCGUUUUCUUGAUCCUCUACAAGGAGCUGUACUACAGGCACAUCUACGCCAAAGUCAGCGGAGGUCCAACUCUUGACCAGAGGUUUGAGUCCUACUAUAAUUACUGCAACCUCUUCAACUACAUCCUCAAUGCUGAUGGGCCAGCACCGUUGGAGCUUCCAAACCAGUGGCUGUGGGACAUUAUCGAUGAGUUCAUUUACCAGUUUCAAUCGUUCAGUCAGUAUCGCUGCAAGACGGCCAAGAAAUCCGAGGAGGAGAUUGAGUUCCUGAGGAACAAUCCCAAGAUAUGGAACGUUCACAGCGUGUUGAAUGUUCUUCACUCUCUGGUGGACAAGAGCAACAUCAACGGUCAGCUGGAGGUGUACACCAGCGGAGGUGACCCUGAGUCUGUGGCAGGUGAAUACGGCCGCCACUCUCUCUAUAAGAUGUUGGGUUAUUUCAGUCUGGUGGGAUUGCUGAGGCUUCACUCUCUGCUGGGGGAUUACUACCAGGCCAUCAAAGUCCUGGAGAACAUUGAACUCAACAAGAAGAGCAUGUACUCGCGUGUACCUGAGUGUCAGAUCACCACCUACUACUAUGUGGGUUUUGCAUAUCUGAUGAUGAGACGCUAUCAGGACGCCAUCCGAGUGUUCGCCAACAUCCUGCUGUACAUCCAGAGGACCAGAAACAUGUUCCAGAGAACAACCUACAAAUAUGAGAUGAUUAAUAAACAGAACGAGCAGAUGCACGGGCUGCUGGCCAUCGCACUCACCAUGUACCCCAUGCGCAUCGAUGAGAGCAUCCACACGCAGCUCCGUGAGAAAUACGGCGACAAGAUGCUCCGCAUGCAGAAAGGUGAUCUUCAGGUGUUUGAGGAGUUGUUCAGUUUCGCCUGCCCCAAGUUCCUGUCACCUGUAGUUCCAAACUACGACAACGUUCAUCCAAACUACCACAAAGAACCAUUACAACAACAGCUCAAAGUGUUUGCGGAGGAGGUACAACAGCAGGCGCAGCUCUCCACCAUCCGCAGUUUCCUGAAGCUUUACACCACCAUGCCUGUGGCCAAGCUGGCAGGCUUCCUGGAUAUGUCUGAGCAGGAGUUCCGUAUCCAACUGCUGGUCUUCAAACACAAGAUGAAGAACCUGGUGUGGACCAGCGGCAUCUCUGCUUUGGACGGAGAGUUUCAGUCCGCCUCUGAGGUCGACUUCUACAUUGACAAGGACAUGAUCCACAUUGCAGACACCAAAGUUGCCCGUCGCUAUGGAGAUUUCUUUAUCCGACAGAUCCACAAGUUCGAGGAGCUUAACCGGACACUCAAGAAAAUGCCUAUGACGGGCAGCUCCACUGGUUCGGCCAGCUCAGCAUCACGUGCAACAUAAUGAAAUUCCCACCAGAUCUAAACAAGUUACUCUGAAGCAAAAUAUCUAAUCAGAACCAAAUUUGAUGAGCCUGUCAUAUUGACCAAUCACAGGCCGACACUGUACAUCUUAACUGGGAAUCAGGAAUCACCUAAAAUAUUGUCACAUUCAGUUCAUUUUGCUGAUUGUCUCUGGGGUCAAACCAAGUGUAGUCAAUCAUAGUCAUUUUAAAGUCGAUAAAGUUUGAUGUGACUAAAAUUUUA